AUGAUACUUCCGCCCGCUGCGCCACGUGGGCCGGCACCAGCUGGGCUGUUCCUGGAGAGGAAAGACGAGUUUGACGAGCGGCUUUUGGCGGCUGCCGACUUUGAGCCUGGCAGUUUGGUUCUUCGUGAGGAGUUCCUGCUGCGUGGGCCCGCAGAGCUUCCACCGCUGGGCAUGUUCCGGCCCGUUCCGGCCGAAGUUGGGACGGUGGAGAUCCAAGGGGAGCCAGGUUUUCCACGUGCUGUGAUCUUUGAUAACGAGCACAUGAAGCUCCUGUUCGAGUUCUUAAACUCAGAGAUCGAGGUCCAGCAAGAAGUGCUGGCAAUGCAAGACUCGAUGCACCCAUCUUCUGAAACGAUGCAGUCAACGAACAAAGUUGCAGAAUGGCUGAUCAGCCAGGAUCUUCCAUGGCUGGAGGACUUGGAUACUUCCUCACUGUCUCGGCUGUUGAGACUUUUCUGCGUCAACAGCCACCCUUGCAAAGCUGCGGGGAGUACCAGUGGCUUGCUGAAGUGGGGGACGAUGAUCAACCACUCUUGUAUUCCUAAUGUCGUUUAUUCCUCGGUGGAAGCAGACGGGAUCUUCGAGGGCCACUUUCGUGCUUGUCGUCCCAUAAAAGCAGGUGAUGUCUUGGGCGUCUCUUACAUGAAACUCCAGGUGAGCUUGGCGCCCCUGGCGCUCCGCAGACGCAUGCUCUGGUAUUUGAAGGGAUUCGUGUGCGAGUGCGACCGCUGCCGACACGAGGUCACGAACGGAGAUCCAAGAAGCUGUGGCAGGGAACCUUCUGCCUCAGAAGUGGAGCUCGAAAAGGAGCUGUCGCAUGCCGUGUUGGGUGCGCUCUGUGCACGCUGGUCUGGGUUUGCUCCGGCGAGAGCGGCUUUGGAGGAUCUGCAGACGCAGGUGGUGAAGCUCCACAGCGGCUCUUUCGCUGUGCAGGGCCUCCGGCUCCUCUUCCUGGCGCUCCAGGCAGAUGAGAUCCUGUCGGGCAAGGGUGAACAUGACGAGCAGGAAUGGUUGUGUGCUCUACGUGAGGUGAGUGGCUGGCAGGAGUCCAUUCGACCUGGGCAGAGUGGAGAUUUGCUCCUAAUGCUAUCCUUCAAGAGCCUGGCACCGACCCUUCGGAGGCUCCGAGAGCUCCAGGGUGAUGCAGAAGGACCAGACCUGGCUUUGAACCGUUCUGCCUCCGUCGAAAGAGUGACGACGCUCACUCUGCCAGAGGUGCUUCCAGCUUGCGUGCCUUUGCCCAAGCGGGCGAACCUACCAUCCCCCAUGGUCCUCACACAGGAUUGGUUAAUGAAGCAUGCGCUGCCGCGCAACGACCUCUUCCUUGCGAAGAGGGUUCUUAUGGACAGAGCAGACCUGACCGCCUGCGACCGGCAAGGCAACAGUGUGCUUGCCGUGGCCGUAGAGCACCAGUGCUCACAAGAGAUGGUGGAGCUUCUCUUGGAGCGUGGAUGUCCGAGAUCCUCCAAGGGACCUCUUGGACCUCCUCUUUCGAUCGCAGCCCGAAGUGGCCGACUCGAGGUUGUGCGGGUGCUCUUGGAUUUCGGGUGCGACCCGUGUGAGAUCGAGGCUUCUGGUAAGUUGUCCGAAGCCGCCAAGAAUUUGCUGGGAUACCUGGUCCCGCUUCCCGACCCGGUGCUCCGGAGAGGCAAAGAGGGCUCUCUGCCACUGCGGUGCUUGCGCCGACAGUUGGCAGUGGAGACCCUCUUGCCUUUGGCAAGCUCUAUGCUGCCGUCCUUACAGGGCGGUCAGCGGAACUUGGAUGCUCAGCUGGUGCAGGUUCUCGUUUUGGCAUGCGAGCAUGCGGCUCCCCUUCCGGCAGAAGCAUUGGAAAGCCUCGUGCAAGUCUGCCGGAGUUUGCUGAUGUCCUUCGAAUCAUCCUCGAUGAACUUGGGCCUUCGCUUGGCCAGCUGCCUUUGCGAGGCCGGCCAAGAUGGAGUCGAGAAGCUGCGUAGAUACGGCAUCUUCAAAAUGCUGCCAGCCCUCGCGGCAGCACCAGAGCUACAUCAGCCGCCCAGGCCGCAGCACAUACGCCAGGCUGCGGCGAAGAUCCUAAGCCGAUGGUCGGAGGAGGUGGCGAGAUCGGAGCCUACUCCCUGCUUGGCCAGCGCCGAGCGAUGGCAGGAGCUCCAACAUUUGACGCCGAGCGAACUAAUCACGCUGAAGGUGCCGCAGAAGCUUCUCCGGGACGCGGCGUUCCGCAGUGCCAUGCCAAAGGAGCUGGCACCGAUGCUUUUGCAGGUCGUUGAAGAAGAGGAGAAGUUUUCUGUGCACGUAUAUCGCGAACGGCAAGAUGUCAGCCUUCGUGUUCUGACGGAGCCUUUCUGGCUAUUUUGCCGGUCAGCUGCCACCGGUAUUUUACAGGGCUCCACGAAGGAUGUUGCCAAUGGUGGUGAAUACGUGGCCGGCACUUCAGAUAUCUUGGCACACGACAGUGACAACGGCUUUGCUCCUCAUGUUCUGGCCUUGGGGGAAUGGCGCUUUGAGGACUUGGAGGAGUGUAGUGGUGCAUCGAACGACUCGAUCGAGCGGAAUGAGGAUGUGCAAGGUUUGGUGAGCGACUACAAGGAGGUGCCAGCCGAGGCAAAGGUAUGGAAAACAUCGACGCUACAGUUUGAGCCGGACGACGAGGCGCUGUACUUGGAGCUCCUCCGAAUAGAGGCCAAGGCUGACGUGCGCGAGACGUUCGCGAAGCUUUGUGAGCAGUGCUGUGUGGCAGUGGUGUCGACAGAGGACAACGAAAUUGUGGACGCCAUUGCACAGUCCGUCGACGGCAUGCUGCUGCAUGAGGCAGCCGUUCCGCUGCUGACGCAGUUCGGCUGGUGCCGCAGAGACAUGGAGGAGCAAGAUGAUGCCUCCUUCACCCUUUGGGAUCCGCCAGACGCAGCUCCUGUGCUUCCCGGAUUCUUCCGCUUGUCCAUACGACCUCCUCCGCCAGAUCCGCCAGGACUGUCCGACACCGUGUGGUCAGUCAUCAUAUCCUUUGAUGCAGAGCUGCCCUUCGAACUGGUCUGGCAGUCAGUCGAGCUUGAUGUGAAGAAUGCAUUCACAAGCGUCUCCAAUAAAUGGUCUGAGAUUGGCUGGCCUGGUGGAGAACAAGAGAUGCUGGAAGUUGUGCACAAGGCAGUGGCAUCAAAUGGCGAAGCCGCAGUUGCUCGAGGGCUGACCCACAGCUCGGCCUCGCGCAUCGCAGAUCGGCUCAUGGCCGCCGUCGCCUGCCGUGUAGUGGCUGAACCCGAAGCAGCACAAGCUCAAGGCUCAGCCAGCCGCGGAAAGGGCAAUGCGAAGAGUGCACUUCGAGACCUCGUGGAGAUAAAAAUGCAAGAUGCAUGGAUGCCAGCAGUUGUCGUCCAAGAAGCUCCUCAGACUUUGUAUGUAUCCCUUGCAACGGGGGCAUUGGCCACUGGAAAGCAUCGCAACAUGCCUGGAUUCGAGGGGCCACGAUUGUACCCUGUUCCGCCGGUGGAGCCGCAAGUCCAGACCCGCGCAGAUCUCCAGGCGCUUGAGCGCGGAGCAGAGUCCUCGAGGGUCACACGUCGAUUCAAUGUCGACGCGGAAUGCCAAGAGGGCGCCCGGACGGAGGAGCCAGCGGCGCCCGCUGUAGCUCCUGUCCUGACGCGGGGCGCCUGGCUGCCCAAGCCAACCUUGGCAUACGAACUCGGUGGGAGCUCGAGCAGCACGAGCCCACCUUCAGUCAGUCUGCUGCGAGGAAAAGAGGUUCGAGUCGACGGGUGCUCGUGGGUCUCGGCUUCAUGGACUACGGUUGGUCUUCCAGAGCUCAACAGCAGUGGAAAGGUGUACUAUGAGCUGCACAUCGAGUCGCAUGACACCCCGCAGAUAGGCUGGGCCUCGGAGAAGUUUCGCUUCUUUGGGGACACCUGGCUUUACGGGGUUGGUGAUGACCUUGAAAGUUGGGGAGUGGAUGGCGCGAGACAAAAGAUUUGGCACGGCGGCGAGGCCGGAAGCUAUCCUUCUUCCUGGGCGAAAGAGGUGGUUGUGGGCUGCGCAGCCGACGUGCCUGCCGGGAUCUUGCAGUUCAGCACAGACGGUGUCUGGGUGACCCCUGCUACAUUCACGGGUGUGCAGUGCGCCUCCAUCUAUCCCGCGGUAUCUGGGCAGAUGACGGCAACUUUCAAGAUCCGUCCGGAGGAAUGGCUCCAUGGCCCACCGGAUGACUCGUUUGCCGCAUUGUCUGCUUGUGUCCGAAGCCCGCAAUCUCUGUCUGCUCCAUUGCGCUUCCCACCGGAAUGGGCUCUCGCAAAGGGCUUGCAGCAUCUGGCAGAGCGCCAGAAGGUGGACCUGCUGACGACACUGCGACUGUCCUGCUCAGUGGUUCUGCCAACUUUGGAAGACUUGUACGCUGCACAAACAAAGCGUCGAUUGCCUAAGUUUCCGUGUGACGACCAAGCAUCACCGGCUGUGGAGGUCCGACACAUGCACAUGGAUUGCACUGGUGGCGAUUGUGUUGUCCUCAUCUUGGAUCCAAACUCUCCAAAAGAUCCACGCAUCAUUCCAAAAGACUUGCAGGAUGCAUCGGACGAGCUUUUCGACUUCGUUCUCGAUCAGGACGGACAGCCACGUGCCAGCGAGGCAUGGGAGGAGACGCUGGACACGCUGGGCCUCUCAGCAGAGACGGCUGCUGGCGCAGCUUUGCGGCUGCUGUGGCAAGCAGACGCAGACGUUCAGUCGACACGCUUGUCUGCCAAGCUGCAAGACCUUUGCUCCCACCAGGUUGCUUUGGUCAGCGACAGCAUGCCUUCGUGGGUACUUCGACUUGGCACCCUGAUGCCGCAGCUGUUCGAUCGCCACUGCCGCGAAGUGCUGCUGAGGUCAUUAGCUUUCGGCUUACCUUUUGCGGUUCAUGAUCGCCAGACGCGCGAGGUGGACCGCAGGUACAGCGAGGUCAUGAAGGCUGCAGAGGGGCGGGUAGCACAAGCCAAGAACCUCGGAGAUUCACGAGCACUGUCGCAAGCCUAUGAGCAUCUCUUUGAGUUAACGAAGCAGAUCUCACAGGACCCCGAGGUGUGGAUCGGAUCUUUGACAUCCGAAUUGGCCAAGGUGGACAGGGAGAGGAUUUGGGAUCAGGCCACAGCUUUGGCAGAGUGCUGCUUGUCAUCUUCGGGCGUGGUGGAGGUCCAAUUCAAGGACGAAACAGGAUUUGGUCGGGGAGUCACCCAAGGAUUCUUUAGUGAUGUUGCCAAAGAGCUGCAAAGAACCUCUCACAAUAGCCACGUGCCCAUGUGGGCCGAAUGUUUGGAAUCGGAGGGCGAGUUCCUGCGGAGUCGGCGUGGCCUCAUGGUGCAGCCGCUUCGAGCGGAGGAUCCCCGGCUCCCGGCCGUCUUGGCCCGUUUCCGCUCCCUAGGUCGCCUGCUGGCCUUGGCGCUGCGGGAGUCCUUCGUCGUUCCUCUUCCACUCGCGGCAACUGUCCUGCGACAGCUUCGUGGGGAAAAGGUUGGCUGCGAGCAUCUGCCACAGCCUGGAGAUGGACUUGCUGGAGAGUUCGUAGGAGCUUGUGCUCGCUUCCGUGCAGACAUAGCUGAGCAGAGCCAGGAGCAAAGGCAGGCUGCAUGUUUUGGCAAAGGCAGUUGUUCGCCGAACUUUGGGCACGCUUUGCCGAACGGAUUUCCUUCUUUGACUCUGCGGCUGUUUGGCUUUCUGCCCCCUCAGCACCUAUCCGACAAUGUGGUGAUGUGGCCCAUGGCCCAUCUCGGUCCGCUCUGUGCAGCAAGGGCCGCCUGCCACAAAGGGCUCUCUGUCGCGCAAGCUUGGUGGUCUCGGCUGAAUGGGACUUCCCAGAACAAAGUGUUGCCACCGCCUGUGCAGCGACCACCCAGUGCCGAGGAGCAGGUCAGCACCUUGACUGCGCAGAUCAAAGCCGUGCGCGGCGAGACUGCAGCGCUGGCGGAAGUUAUCCGCGUCAAGGACCUUCCCUUGACGAUCGCGCAGAAACUGUCCCAGAAUGAGCGGGAGGUGCAGAGCCAGGUCCUCAGAGCUGAGGCAGAGACGGAACGGGAUGUUGCUUUAGCGAAGCUUGAGCUGCUGGACCAUCACAGCCAGCGCGGCUGGGUCGUCAGCAAGACGGAGUUCGAGAAACUGGAAAGUCUCUGGAGCGAAUAUUCCGAAGCGAAGUCUGGCAGAGCCGCCGCGAUCGCCCACUCGGCAAGAAGCAGCAGUACCUGGAAUGCUGCACAACUCUCUGAAUAUCUUCCGGAAUUCUGGGUUUUACCAUGGUGCUCAAAGAUCGGCACCCAAAGAAGGAGCCUGGAGUCCCUGGAAACGUUCUUGAAAGAGUCGCUGACAGAGCUGCCAUCAGCCGUUGCUAGGGGAGCCUUACCUGGACUCUGCCGAGAAGAUCCGUGGCAAGAGCAGUACCUGGGCGAGGUGGAGAACGUUCUUCGUGUCCUCGGCUGCCCUGAGGGCAAGGUCGCAGGGCGUGAGCCAUUCCGCCGUCUCGCAGGUCUUUCAACGCUGGGUGCCAAAGAAGCGGCAUCACGCUGCGUGAUCGACAAGGUGAUGUUUCCCUUGUGUGCCGAGCUGGGCGUUGAAGUCACUCUGGAGGAGUACUUUCGGACUUCGCCAGUGCCUGUGAGUAUAUGCGACUAUGUCCUGCGGAGAGGUGGCCAAGUGCUGGGCACUCUGGAGGCCAAACGCUGCUCAGACGGGCUGCUGGCGCAGGGAGCAGUGCAGUGCACCUUGCAGCUGCUGGCUCUGUGGGACGGGCGCAUGACGAGGAAAAGGACUUCCCCCUUGCUAGGCAUUGUCACGGACGGUCGCUAUUGGCUGUGCAUUCAACUGCAUCAACGUUACCUGGCCAUCACCCCCUUAUUGGAUGCCUCCCAUGAAGAGCAGUUUUGGACGCUGCACGAUCCUGAGCUGAGUGAGCAGGGCAUGCAUACCAUGCACUCUUGGCUCUAUCAAGACCGCGGUUGCUGCGAGUCUGCAGAGCUUGGCGAAGGAUCCUGGUUGGGCAGCUCAGUACCUCGAGACUUCGGAGACCGUCGGCUCCUUCGAGGAGUGGGCAAGCAACGCCGAGUUUCUGGCGACGGGCUUCAGUGGGCCAUCGCUGCCCGCGCCGGAGUCAAAGGACCAAGCAAGAUGCGUGAGCCUGGAGAGCCCCGAACUCAGAUCCAAAAGGGCUUGGACGACUUUGUGGAUGCUGCGUGCUCCUUCUGGCUGGAUGUGGGUGUUCGAGAGCAGGUGCGUUCACUGCGCCGUGGUCUCCAUGAUGUUUUAGGCCCCAGAACGGGUGCCCUUUGGCUCUUCUCGCCUCUGGAGCUGCGAGAGCUUUUCUGCGGCGUAGAGUCCGUUUCCUGGACCAGCCAGGAUCUGUACGACCACCUGCAUCCGGCCGGCGGUUUGACUCGCGACGAUGAUGUCAUGGCUUGGCUUCGUGACGAGCUCCUGGAAAUGUCGCAGGCAUUGCGUGCCCGGUUCCUCGACUUCGCGACUUCGUGCCCGCGUUUGCCACCAGGAGGCCUCGCUAGCCUGAAGUUGACGGCCUCCCCAGGAGCAGGACGCUUCCCCCGAAGCCGCGCCUGUGCCAACCAGCUCUACCUGCCAAAGUACGAGAGCAGACAGGAACUGCACGAGAAGCUGACUGAAGCUCUGCUGGCCUGUGAGGGCCAUCAUGACGCUGAUCACUAA